CACUCUGCCCAGUGUUGCUUACCCUGAAAGAGAAUAGCCUGAUAGCUGUAUAUAUAUGUUCAUUGUGCAACAAUUCUCCAGGAAUCUGCAGCUUCCUGGCUUCCCAUAUUUCAGUGAAAUCUCCCAACAAGCAAUAAUGAAGGAAUUUCUUCCAUUGGCAUUUUUCAUAAUGGAAGUGUUACCAAUUCCAAAGCUAAAGUAAAUUCAAAACCACCAGCAAAAGAAAUUCUACAGAAAUUCUGAAGCAUCCUAAGAGUAAGGUAGAAAAAGAGAAACUUCUUUUGCAGGGAAAAAAAAUAUUUGAAAAACUGAAAGGCAAAUUUCAGCACAGCAUCCACAUAAAAAAUGAUAUGCUGGCAAACAUGGAAGCAAUAUUAUGGCAGACAUCGGUUACAGUUUUCUACAGAGCCUCUGGGUGUCGCUGUUCGCCUAUUUGGUAGUGAAAUUGUUUCAAAGUUCCAACCAUCGCGUUUGCAAUUUCUCUGAAACAUCCGGACAAAAUAUAUAAGAGAUAACAUUGCAUGGAAUGUUCUGAAGGCAACUUCUUUGUGGAAUUUGUCAGAUUGUAAAGACAAUGGAAGAAACACAGAGGCUGCAGAGCUAUAAAAAGAAGAUCUUCCAAUGCCUUAUCACAAUAUUCGUUUGGAAAGCAAUUUCUGGGAACAUUCAUUAUGUUAUUAGAGAAGAAACACCAAUUGGUUUUUUUGUGGGGAACAUUGCAAUGGACUUGGGAAUAGAUGGCAAUAAUCUUUCAGAAUAUGGACUACGAAUUGCAACCAGGACAGGUAUGGUUCAAUAUUUUGCUUUGAAUUAUAACAAUGGCUAUUUACAAACCUCUGAAAGAAUAGACAGAGAAAAAAUCUGUGGAUGGGCAGAGAACUGUGUUUUAAGUUUUGAGAUUAUUAUUGAGAGCAAGAUAGAGAUUUACAGGGUUGAAGUGAAAAUUACAGACAUAAAUGAUAAUGCUCCUCAGUUUAUACCUGGGAAACAUGAAAUCAAAAUCAGUGAAUUAUCUACUCUCGGAUCUCAAUUUCCUUUACCUGAAGCUCAAGAUCCAGAUCUGGGCAUAAACUCUAUACAGAGAUAUGAACUUACCAGUAAUAGUCAUUUUUCUCUGGAUAUGCAAAUAAAAGCAAAUGGUGCCAGACAGGGUGAGCUUGUGCUGAAAAAACAUCUGGAUCGGGAACAGCAAUCAACGUAUGAUUUAAUCUUCACAGCUAGUGAUGGAGGUGAACCAGUGAAAUCUGGAAGCGCUAGAAUCCAAGUCAUUGUUCUGGAUGCAAAUGAUAAUGCACCAAUUUUUAGCCAACCUAUCUAUGAAGUCAGUAUUGAGGAGAACAUUCUUAAAGGCUUCACAAUUCUUACAGUAAGAGCUAUUGAUCUGGAUGAAGGACUCUACGGAGAGAUAAAUUAUUCAUUCAAAAAAAUCACAAAAGAAGAUUCCAAAAUAUUUACUUUAAAUUCAACAUCUGGUAUAAUAAGUAUUAUGGGGAAUCUUGAUUAUGAAGAAUCGUCCUUACAUGAAUUUGAAGUGAAAGCUGAGGAUGGAGGGGGAUUGUGUGACUGGGCAAAAGUUUUGGUCAUUGUAAUGGAUCUUAAUGACAAUGCACCUCAAGUAACAAUAUCAUUUUUCAUCAAUACUAUAUCUGAGAAUUCACCAAAAGGAGCAGUUAUUGCCCUCCUUAAUGUACAAGAUGAUGACUCUGGAAUCAAUGGGGAGAUCACAUGCUCACUUACCAAUAACUUCCCAUUCCAAUUUAAAAAAUCUCUCAAUAAUUUCUAUAGGUUGGUAACAUGCAAUGAUCUUGAUAGGGAACUUAUAUCGGAUUAUAAAAUAAGCAUUACAGCUACUGAUCAUGGAAAUCCACCACUCACUACAGUCACUGAAAUCUUUCUCCAGAUUCUAGAUACAAAUGACAACCCUCCACAGUUUCUGGAAUCAAAAUAUACCUCCUACCUUCUAGAAAAUAACCCAAAAGGAGCCUCAGCCUUUUCCCUCAAAGCAAGUGACCCAGACUGGGAAGAAAAUGCCAGAAUAACUUACUCCAUCACUGAGAGCCAAAUGAGGGACUUGCCCCUCUCCUCCUACCUCUCCAUUAAUUCUGAGACAGGGACCGUUUAUGCCCUAAGCUCCUUGGACUAUGAGGAGAUUCAAGAGAUUCAGUUCCAGGUCAAGGCUCAGGAUGGAGGCUCCCCAUCGCUCAGUUCUAAUGUCUCAGUGACUCUCUUCAUCCUGGACCAGAAUGACAAUGUGCCAGAGAUCCUGCACCCCUCCCCUCCCACUGAUGGCUCCACUGGGAUAGAGCUGGCCCCUCGCUCUUCUGAGCCAGGUUACCUGGUCACUAAAGUAGUGGCAGUAGAUGCAGACUCUGGCCAGAACGCCUGGCUCUCCUACCAGCUGAUCAGAGCAACAGAACCAGGGCUCUUCACUGUGGGACUGCACACUGGUGAGAUCAGGACUGCUCGGCUUUUUCUGGAGAAAGAUGCCCUGAAGCAAAUCCUGGUGGUUUUAGUGAAGGACAACGGGCAGGCGCCUCUCUCUGCCUCGGUCACUCUCACGGUGGUUCUGGCUGACAACAUCCCUGAAAUUCUCUCAGAUCUGAGCAACAUCUCAGCUCCUGUAGAUCCUCAGUCAGACCUCACUUUCUACUUAGUGACUGCCGUGGCUUUUGUCUCCUGCUUAUUCUUUACCUUCCUCCUUGUGCUACUGGCAAUUAGAGUGUAUAGAUGGAGGAAUUCAAAAUUGUUAGAGUCAGGAAGUGUACAUUUUAAUGGUGUCCCAGUGUCACAAUUUGUUGGGAUGGAUGGAGUCCGAGCCUUUCUUCAGUCGUACUGCCACACUAUUUCACUCACCAGAGAUUCUAGAAAAAGCCACUGCAAUUUUCAUGAGGAAAACUGUUCAAAUACUCUGACCAAUCAACCUCUAACCUGUGGGGCAAGUGACCCUAUCGUAGCCUAUGGGGAUUUAAACUUGAAGAAUGAUGAGCAAAUCUUAGUUAAGGUGAGUUUAAUAUUUCAGAUUAAUGGUGUGUUGUGUGCAGCAGCUCAGCAACUACCUGAACCUGAUGUGGAGAUGUCCAGUGAAAACGGGGACAUCAAUGUUAUUGAUACAAACGACAAUCCAUUGAUACAAAUGACAAUUUCACUUGAGGAAAGUAUUGAUUUUGAAGACAGAGAAAGCUAUGUGAUGAUAAUACGGGCAAGUGAUGGAGGUGGACUAGUGGCACAUUGCAAUGGAAUUGAGGUUCUUGAUGAGAAUGACAAUGCUCCAGAUGUAAUUACUACAUCUCUGUCCAGCCCCAUUCUUGAAGAUAUUCUGCCUGGAGCAAUGAUCACCCUCAUCAAAGUCCACGAAAGAGAUUCUGGACUUAAUGGGGAAGUCACCUGUUACCUAAGGGAAAUUGUACCUUUCCAGGUGAUCUCAUCAUCAGAUAACUACUUCAAGCUCCUCAUAGAUGGCCCCCUUGACAGAGAAAAAACACCAGUGUAUAACUUAACAAUCACAGCCACAGACCAAGGCACACCUCCUCUUUCCACAGAUAAAAACAUCUUAGUACCAAUCUCAGAUAUCAAUGAUAACCCUCCAGCAUUUGAAAAACCUUCCUAUGUCGCUUAUAUUCCUGAGAACAACCCAUCCGGAACAUCUAUUUUCCAAGUUAAGGCCUUUGACCCAGAUCUGGGUCGUAAUGCCCAAAUCACCUACUCCAUGCUUAACAGCAACGUCAAGAACCUUCCUCUCUCCUCCUACGUUUCCAUUAACUCUGAGACUGGAACUCUCUAUGCUCAACGAUCUUUUGACUAUGAGCAGCUCAGAGACUUCCAGCUGCAAGUUCAAGCUCAGGAUGGAGGCUCUCCAUCUCUCAAUAAUAGCGCCAUGGUCAAAGUGUGUGUACUAGAUCAGAAUGAUAAUACUCCCCAGAUCCUGUACCCUUCCCAGACAACUCAGGGUUCAUCGUUCUUUGAGGUGGUGCCUCGCUCAGCCGAUUCAGGUUAUUUGGUGACAAAAGUCGUGGCUGUGGAUGCUGACUCUGGACACAACGCCUGGCUCUCUUUUCAUCUCCUGCAGGCCACAGAGCCCUCACUCUUCAUCAUUGGCUCCCAAACGGGAGAGAUAAAGCAUUCUCCGCUUCUGGAUGAGGUUGUUCCAUUGGUUAGAGACAUUACCAAGCAGAGGCUGGUCAUCAUGGUGAGGGAUAAUGGACAGCCGCCUCUGUCGGCCACCACUAGCCUCAACCUGGUCUUUGCUCAGAACUUCCAGGAGGCUCUUCCUGAAAUGAAUAGGGAAAAUGAGUAG